UAUUUGAAUUUGGAAUAGUGAUUUAAAAAUCAAAUAUGGCUGCUGUACUCAAUUUUCUUUUGUUAAUUUCUGUCCCAGCGUUACUGUUGAUUAAUAACGCCCAAGCCCAGUACAGAACUCAACCAAUACCAUACGGACCACAUGUACAUAAAGCCACUACGACUCAACCAUUGAUAAGUACCUUACUAUCAACCUACUCAACCAACAUGCCAAUAGUCGAAAAAUUAAACACAGUAGCUUCUGUGAUACAAAAAAUGCCGCCAAAAUGUUCUAAACUACCUAAUAAGAGAAUGUACAUGGUGGAAGCGUUAAAAAAUUCUGCCUUAGAGAGUCUAUUGCUAGCUGCCAACGCUUGCAAAUGUCUUAAGAAGGUUGACAACGUCAACGUCAUUCGCCCGUCAAAGCGACAGGUGACAGUUCGGAAUGACAGGCCUGUAAACGUCAGAUACGUUUGAAUUUAGA